AUGAAGUCUCCAAUCUCAUUCCUGCCAUGUGCAGCACUCCUGCAACAUGUCGCUGCUCAAGGCGCAUAUCUAUUCACCAUCGAUCGCUCCGUGGUCUCCUCCUCUACCGCCAUGCUUGAAUCAGAGCUGGCCAAUGCAAUUGUUGCUCGGAGGAGAGCUCUCACAGCCGAUCGAUCUAUCGGUUCUAUGAACGAGAAUUCGUUGGACGACCUCAACAUAUAUGGUGGCUAUCAGACACCCUUAUUUGGGGAGACUACCACCGACGAGGCACCAGGAAAGCUGUUCAUAAGAUUAACAGAUGUUGACAUGUCGGUGGGCGACUUCGAGCAAUUACCCGACAUUUGGGUCCAAAACCCUACUCGGGACCUGCUCACAGACUUCAAAGCCAUUCCUGAUCGCCAAACCAAGGACGGCAUCUGCGAGUAUCUCGUUCCACCAAGCUUAAACGCCCCAAACACCAAGGGCGUUGAACUUAUCUUCUCAUAUCCACUGGAAGGAGAACCAACGUGUCUCCGAGCCUCUGAAAUCCCCCAAAUCCCCCUUAUCCUAUCUCUUCACAACUUCAUGCCCACGAGUCCAUCCGAAGUCAAGGGCGCCCUUCCUGGCCUCGUCCGUAUUCUCAAACACUUCUCAGCCACCCAGAACGUCGAAUCAACCGUUCUAAUUCUCCCAUCCAAACUCGCCAAAGCAAACCCAAAGCCCCACCCCCGCCGGUCUGGUGGAGAGCCAGAGGAGGAACCCCUUGACUUGUCCUCCAUCGCUCCUCUCGCAUCAACAUCAAAGCUUACCUCUCAACCAACCGGUAACUCUUCCGCAAAUUUCACCCUCCCCCGUGUCAUCCCAGAAUGCUUCGCCUCGCAGUCUGCAUGCGACAACACCACGAAUUUCUGCUCCGGACACGGCACUUGCUACCAAGCCCACUCCAAAUGUUUCAAAUGCCGCUGCGGAAGCACAUUGGCACGCGUGAACGCGGAUGGAACGACCAAGACCACGCAAUGGGGCGGACUCGCCUGCCAGAAGAAGGACGUCAGUGUCCCAUUCAUUCUAUUCGCGACGUUUGGCGUCUUCAUGGCGGCCGUAAUCGCUGGUGGAAUCGGUCUGCUGUAUAACAUGGGUGCAGAGCCGUUACCGAGUGUCAUUGGUGCCGGUGUGGCUGGACCCAAGGCGGGCAAAUAA